ACAGUAGCAGUACAGUCUGCUCAAAAAUGUAAACACUGCGUUUCGUAAACAUUACGUCCUCUGGCGAAUCUUGUAAACGCCGAGAACGCUUUUCUUCUCGUGUCAGUUUUCUAGUCGAAGCAAAAUGUUCGCAGCAUACGCUAGCACAAGUAAAGGCGAGGCCAAUGAGACGAAAAGUGCAAACUCUGAAUCCAAAAAAAAUGAAUGGCUGUCAAACUCAAGCUUUAAUGUCAACUCGGAUGUCAUUUCAAAUAUUCAAGGUAGGCUUGGUGAAAGCAUUGUGCCAGCCAGAGAAAAAAGUGGAUUGAAGACUGAAAUGCUGGAUGGUAGCAAAAGCAAUGACAACUCAGACUCCUUUUCUACACCACCUAGCUCUCCUUCAACACCUCCGAGUUCUCCUUCGACACCUCUUAGCUCUCCUUCUACACCCCCUAGCUCUCCUUUACCACCAUCAGGCUCAUCACAAGCCUCAGAUAUUUUAGUUUUGAAUUCAUUUAAAUCUGCACAGCACAGCUCAAGCUUGAGCCUUCAUCAAAAAGAAUUGUGGAAUAGCAACACUAGUGAAAGAACUCUAGACACUACCAAGCAAAGAAGAGAAACAAGGAAAAGAGAACGCUCCAUGUCAAUUAAUCACCCUCGUAAGAGCUCCAGUUCAAGUGGGAAAGACUCAUGGAGUCCUCAGAGGAGCACCGAUAUAAGUAGGAGAGACAGAGAAAGAAAGAGAUCCAGAACUAGGCAGAGAAGUAGAAGUAGAGAGAAAGAAGUAUCAAGCACAUAUAAAAAAUAUCAGAAAAGGCUCAAAAAACGAAGGAGCUCCAGCAGUAGUGGGACCGACAGUAGUAUUGACAACAGCAACACCAAGUCGCAUAGAAAUAGUGAUGUCAGGUUUAAUGAUUUAAAAAACAUGCCAUACUAUGAAGACAGGACCAGGGCUUUAGGAAACUUAAAUGUUACAACUCUUUCUCGCCCAGUUGCAGCACGGUAUUAUUGUUCUAAAAAAGGCUUAGGCAUUUCUAGAAAUUAUUUGCCACAGUCCAAGCGCCGCACUUUAAAACUACGUUACUACAAUAAAAUUAUUAAAGAAAUGGAGGCUGACAUGACAACAAGGAAAAAGUUAGAGAGUAUUCCAAAAAAUAGAGGGCAGAUCCAAGGGGAUGUUAAUGACGUUGAAGGAGAAAUCUCUCAUGAAACAGCCAAAUUUAACCAUGAUCUAGCGGAAAAUCCCCAAAAUACUGAUCUAUGGAGAAAAUAUGUCCAAUUUCAAGAUGUAGUCCACCAAUUUGAGAGAGUAUACAGAAGGGGAGGAGGUGCUUCUGGUGCAAGAGUAACUUCGGAACGCAAGUUGGCUAUCCUCGAUAAAGCUCUGAAAGAAAAUCCAAAGUCUGAAGAACUGCUCAGGGAGCGAUGUCAGCUUGCAGAGUCUGUACUACCAAGUGACAAGUUAACACAACAGCUGAAAACAUGGAUUGGAACAGAUCCUGGAAACCUUGCUCUCUGGGAAUCAUUAAUUAUGGCUUCACAAGGCUCUCUCUCAGCCUGCAAAGUUCCAGCUGUCAAAUCCCUUUAUCAAGAAGCUUUCACAAAUAUUCACAGUUUGAAGAGAGGAAACACAGGUUCUGCUGAAACAAUUGAGGCCAAACUUAUUAGUCUUGUGCUUCACUUUGGCCUCUUUUUACGUCAAGCUGGGCUGUGGGAACUUAUGUGGUCUUUCCUUAAUGUUUAUUUAGAAUUUAACAUUGCUAAGCUUGAUCCUACAAAAUUCCAUAUCACAAACACUGUUGCAGAUAAUGCUCUGACUGAACUGGAAGAAGCUAUACUGAAAUCACAACUUCCCUUGUCCACAUUGUGGUUAAGAGUAGAGACAUUACGAGCUGGUACCCAUUGGGUCCCACUUCCAGUUGAUGCAGAAAGUGAAGAUCCACAGAGAUUGGUGUUUCCAGAAGAUGUGAAUGACUUAAUUCAUCCAAUAAACUCUCCUCAUUUGAAUUUCCGUCUUGUGACAGUUACUUUGUCACUUCUAAAGGUGCCAAUAUUACCUUGGCGAGAAAGUGCUGCUAAAGCAGCUGGUUUACAUCCACUUCCAUGGCUUCUGGAUGGUCCAGAACCACUAUUUGCAUCACUCCUGCCCCUUGGAACUUUAGAAUUCAAGGAGACAAGUACUCUGCUUCAGGAUGCAUCACAGUUGGCUUCUGGACCUCAGUAUUUGAUUGCCCGUCCUGGUCAAGAUGAAUAUAUUGACUUUUUGACUCAAGUGUUUUCUGCUUGUGCAGACUGCUUGCCAGCCUCUCAAAAAACAUACUUGAUGGUUUGGUGGCUGCGCUUUUACAGAUGGUUAAUGCAGCUGGAGCGUUUAGGGCAUUGCAAACUUCCUCGAGGUCGAAAAAAGAAAAUGAGGUCAAUGGCUAAAGAUUUGUUGAGACAUGAAUCAAACAGGAGUAAUUUGCUUCUCUUUAAAGAAUUUGCACUUCUGGAGUUAGAAAACGGAAGUGUAGAUGGCGCCAAAAAAGUUCUUCAAGGUACGAUUUCUGCCCUUCCAAACAAUAAGCCAGUACCCAUUGCUACUGAUAGAGCGUACAUCUGUACCUUAUACCGCACAUUGGUCGAGGUUCACCUUUCUUUAACACACAGGGAACUUACAAAUGAUGCACAAGCAAACAGCUCAACAGAAAGUGAACAAAAUGUAGAAAAUAGGAAAAAAGCCCUGAGUUUGCUUGUUUCAUUGGGCAAAGGAGCUGUUUUGAAAAAUGAGCAACCAUCAAACACUGAUGUUGCAGCCGCUUUAUCUAAGUUCAAUCACGUUACAAAGGCUGCCUUAGACAAUCCUGAAACAGAAGAAUUGGACACAUUAAUAGCUCCUGAUGUCUGCCAUCUUGUGCCAACAUUUUUGGUUGAGUGGACAGUGUGUCAUGGCUGGCUCCUUUUUUUGUCCCAUUCAAUUUGGAAAGCUACAACUAUGUUUGAAAAUGUUCUAAGAGAACUUGAGUCUCCAGAAUCUGCAUCAUCUCAACAGGAAAAAAUCGUCAAAGUGCAGCGUGAAGCCUUGCUUGAAUCAUACAUCUCCCUAUUACGACAUCAUUGCUUUGAGACUCGUGGAUCCUUUGGUGUCUUGAGAGAAGUGAUUCUUCGAGGGCUAAAGGAAUUUCCUGGUAACCUUGUAUUUUCAGCCGCAUUAGCUGAUUUAGAGACAAGCAACAGUGGAACUGGUUUGCCACUUUGGCGCUUAUCAAAAAUAUUCUAUGAAUUGAAUUCAGCAAUAGCCUAUGUUCUUUUUGUAUUUGUUAUGAGAUAUCGACUGAAACAACAAGAACUAUGUGCUCACAACACUCAUUCUUAUCUCAAUCAAGGAGGACCUGAGUUACCAGAUCCUAACACCAGAAGCAGAAUGUCAACGCUAUUGAAAAAACUGACCAAGCACUCGAUUAUGCGUCGCUGUCCAAUGCUCUGGCGCUUAAGAUUACAGUUUGCAGCAGCUGUCAGCCACAAUGAUUCUGAGUAUAGUAGUACACUUUACCUUGCCUUGGAAGACUGCCCAUGGGCUAAGACUCUUUAUAUGGACAUAGUCCAAGUACUCCCAACUCAACUGGCACAAGUGCAAGACCUUUUGGUGGAGAAGGAACUACGAUUGCAUGUAACACCAGAGGAAUUAGAAAUUCUUCGUAUUGAUUAAGUAAUUGUCACAAUAAAGAAUUAUGAAGACUAGACAA